UCCUUGUCAUGAGGCAUUUUAUAACAACGUAGAUAAGUACUGCCUGCAAUUUUAUUUGCUGCUUUAUCGCUUUAUCUGUAUCGAAUAAUAAAAGUGGAAAUUUCCAACUAUUUGGUAGUUCCAUUUCAUCAAGUUGAUUUAAGUAAGUCGACCACAUCGUAGAAGAAGUGUUAUUUUAAAACCAAAUCCAAGCAAGAACACAGGAAAUUGCAAGGUUGGUAAUCUUCUGCAGAAGAAUUGUGUCAUUAUAAAACUACAAUCUGUCGUUGUGUUAUUUAACAAAACACCUUUUAUAAAUUAGAAACUUAUUCGUGCACUAAAUCUGAGAAUUAUAGAAAGAAUUGGACCGUUGUUUAGUUAGUCGGAGUAUUUUGACCAAGCGUUUUUUUUAUUAGCAAUCUCGCAGCUAACCCGGAUAAUAAGUGUUUAAUCCCUUUUCGUGUAAUAUAAUUUGUGGCUGCGAAUUUUCCUCUGACAUCGGACCAAGCCGGCGUGGAUUGGAUUGGAUUCUGAGAGAAUCCGUAUAAAAUAAGUGGUUAACGCUGAAUUUGCAACAGUAUGAGUGCAACGAUGUGAAACCGGGUUAGUCUUAACGGGUCGUCGUCAAAGCGAAUUCUCAUACAAAUUAGCACUACAAAAGUCUUACAAUUCAUUUAAAUUUAGCUAGUAAUACAUUACAUUAAUGGUUUGACGAGUUUAUAACAUAACAGAAGAAGCCACACAAUCUGAAAAAAAUAUAUCACAAAAGAACCAGACACGACUAACCAAAUAAUUGAGACGCGCUCAUUUCUGCGUCAUCCGCACAAAGUCACGGUUAUACUAUUUACAUUGGACAAUUUUCAUAGAUCUCAUUUACCUUCAAAGUUCCGCUGGAAGCAUUCAUUUCCAAAAUGAAAUCCCACAAAGUACUUGUGCCAAAAACUUCCCUGCUUGUAGUCAUCGUACUCCUCGUUACCCUUGCAGCUAGUCAACUGAUAACCAGUGGGGGUGGAUCGAGAUCACCCGUCGGCAAGGGUGGGGCUGAGACGCUCAGCAAUAACAAUGGUGUUGGUCACAUGUCAAUGGACGUCUCUCCGAAUUGUAUGUACGACUCGACGGACUUCAAAAUCAUGGGAGAUUCGGUCGAGAGGGCGUUAAACUUUUUUGAGAAUAAUAUCGACAAGUUGGUCCUGGAUGCGGCCGUGGGGACAAGAAGUUUGCAAGCGCAAUUGAAAGCGGUUCUUCAACGACACCCAAAACUGCCCGAGCUGGUCCAAAAUUAUCUCAAGUACUUGGUAGCAAAAUCUGGAUCGCUUAGUAAUCGGAUUGCAGAAGCGAUAUCGAACAGUCCUUCGAUUUCUAGCACGGAAAAGAAGCAUACUUUGCCUUGGGUGACAACGGAUGGUUUAUGGGAUUGGCCGGUUGAUGGAAAAUGGGAGUCAACCUCCAUCAUGCAAUCCUACGAGCCACCCGAAGGUUUCAACGCCACGAAAAUUUUAGCUCAGAGCAAAGAAACUAUCGAAGAGGCGCAAUCGGACGCUUGUAUUUUCCAAGUUUUCAAUUGUCAGUCUCAAGAAACUUCGGAAACUUGUCGAAAAUUAUUCUUCGUUCAGGAACAGUCCCUCUAUUCUCUGACGCAUCAAGUCAUUUACACCCUGUUUGCUAAAAAGAAACAAUGCUUCCGAGCCUUAAGUUCGGACGGGUUGAGACGAUAUCAGGAAAAACUGUGUGGAAAAGUGUGGCUGGAAGCGAAUGCAAUCUCACAAAUUGGAUUUCCCCCAAAUUACGCCGACCUAUUCAUCGAACAAGUCGCCAUUUGUGGCAUGACCGGCUAUCCAAAUUUCUUCCAGCGGGAUUGGCUCAUGCAAAUCUUGAAAUGGCAAAGCCCCCAGAAAUCGGGCUGCUUCAGGGACACUCGAGCCCAACCACCCAAUUCAGUCGCUAUGCUGGUCAAACUGUAUCACCGUAAUCAGCAAAAGUUUCAUGAAAUGAUGAAUCGUCAUUUUCAAGAACACAAAUUGGAAAGAUUACGAAACAAGGUGACAUCUCGACAGAAACGGUCAGAUGCAUUUUUGAAGCAAGGAAAUCGCGAAAAUUGUUCUGUACACUUUACCGCUGUCGGUAUUACGGCUUUGGCGAUGCAUAUGAGAUACUUUGUUGACACUUGUUUCCCAUCGUAUUAAAAAUUAAGGUGUGCAUGCGUAUUGAGUCUGAAUAAAUAGUGUUAAUUAUUUGAUCGAAUAAAAGCUUAGAGUCGGCAGCAUU